AUGGCGCAAAACUCGCAACCCCAGAAGCCAAAAUGGGGUGUGGGCAACUUCUUCCAACAAGCAGUGGCGGGUGUCGAAUCGCGCUUGGACAACAUCUUGUUGGACGAGGAGGAAAGAAAGAAAGCGGCGAACGCAAAGCCCGCCGAGGCGGCGAGUACUGAAGCACCUAUCACUAAGUCUCCUGUUGACUCUAUUUCUCGCAGUGCAUCGACUGCGCGCCGGAAUGACCGUCUUCAAGAACGCCUGGCGCGAGCCAUGGUCAACAAGAAUACCUCAAAUCGAAACUCCGAAUCUUCUCCCAGUCAGGUUUCCUCUCCUGCGGCUAGCCCGCGACCAAGUAGUGAUGCACGACCCAGCAUGGAUAUCGAUUCUGGUCUUGCAUCUUCCACGGCUGUUACGGACGCCAUUAAAUCUCCGACGUUGAAGGAAGAAAGCACCGCAAUGGAGGACAUGGCGCCGAGAGCAAGUGAGGAUUCUGGGGUUUCUGCCAGGCCAUCUACAGACUUGAGUGUCACAGAAUCAAUUCUCAGGGCUUCCGGGGAUGUGGGUGAGCGGGAUCGGGAGCUGGAGAGUUCUAGCAAAGAUCUAUUCGAAGCAAAUGAGGCGCGCAGUACUCGUACGUCGGUCGAAAGCCCACGACCAAGCGUUGAUACGCCUUCGGAGGUCCGAGCGGGUGACGACAAUGAGUCUCAGCGACAAGAAGAAAUCCACGGAUAUAUUGAACGGAUUGAUGCACUCCAGUCAAAGCUCAAAUAUCUUGCCAUAGAGGCAGCGGAUUCAGCCAAGAGUGCUGCAGCUACUGCUUCCCCAGGCAGUGCCAAAAAGCAACUGCUAGAAAAAGAUGAGAAGAUUGCGCUCCUUCUUGAAGAGGGUCAGAAACUGUCUAAGUCAGAAAUGGACCAUCGCACCGCCCUCAAAAAGCUUCGACAGCAGCUCGCUGAAAAUUCGAAGGCUCAAAUCGAAAUGAAGAAGAGGACCGAGAAGUUGGAAAGGGACCUACAUAGCUCCGAGGCUAGGGCAAAGCGAGCUGAGGCCGCAGAGAAGCGAUUGAAUGAUUCCUUAUCAUCCCAAACCAAGGUGGCCAAGGACCUUGAAGCUGUGACGAAUGAACGCAACGCCCUCACUCAGACGGUGCAGGAAAUGAAGGGCCAGCUGAGCCGGGCCGUUGCCCGUGCUGAAGCCGCCGAGUCAAAGGCUACGUCUGAUGCGUUAGAAAAAGAAAGAAGCAGAGCCAAUGAUCUGGAAGAAGAAUUGUCCACUCUCAAGAUUGAGCGUGACAUCAGUCAAGGGAAGAUGAAGAAGGAGAUCAGUGAGUUAAAAGAGAAGAUCGAUCAAGAGAGAGAAAGGGCGCGCAUGCUUGAGGCCGAACUGAAGAGCGAACAGUCAGUUCUCGAAAGCAAGAUGGAGAGCCUCCGUUCUCGUGCAGAAGAAGCUUCAUCUGGAACAACGGGGGAAACCCAGGCCAAACUUCUGCGCCAGAUCGAGACCCUUCAGACUCAGUACUCUGUUGCCAGCGAGAACUGGCACGCUUUGGAGGGCUCCCUGCUUGCCCGCUUGGCCAAUGUGGAGAAGGAACGAGAUGACACGAGCCGCAGAGAAGCUGACUUGCGCAAGAAGAUUCGAGAGCUGAACCUCAAAACCAAGAAACUCGAAGAAGAUGUCGAGAAUGCCAAAGAAUAUGAGCGGGAUAUUGAGAGCAAACUCGAAGAUCGCAUGCAGGAAUUGCAGAAGAUGCAACAAAAGGUCGAGAGAGCAACCGAAGAUCUCACUGCGGCCCAGAAGGACGCGGUCGAGCAGAAGAAGGACUCCGAUGCCACGUGGUCGCAGAAGCUGGAGGAAGAGCGAGCCAAAUGGCGCGAGCAGGUCAGCAGCUUGCAACAACCACGAGCCGUGUCACCCGUUCCUUCUACUCGACGGUCGAGCAAUCUAGAAGCUAUUUCAUCUGGUCUCUUGGACUAUCGUCCGAGCAGCCGACGCUCUUCCACGUAUCCCUGCGCUUCGCCCGAUAUUGGCACUCCACCGCGCCAGAACUCGUAUCCCGCUUCUAUCAACCCAGGAGCACUUUCUCCGCCGCCGCUCAAUACUGGACCUCCAUCAAUGAUAUUGGAAGCCCCUUCAAUCACCUUUGAGCCGGAUGAAUUUGAAACUGGCACUCCCGCCACUCCAUCAGCAUACGGAGGCACUCAGGCUGCUGGAUCUCGUGGUAUCAACGAUAUCAUCUCCGAGUCGACUGUCGGUGCAGGCCCGUCCGUACAGCUGGUAGAGCGCAUGAGUGCUACAGUUCGCCGGUUGGAGAGCGAGCGCGCUGGAUCCAAGGAUGAAUUUGCGCGUGUCACAAGCCAGCGCGAUGAAGCUAGGCAACAAGUUGUUGACCUCAUGCGCGAGCUCGAGGAAAAGAAAAAUUCCGAUUCUCGUGUGCAGGAACUUGAGGCAAGACUUGCUGAUAUCGACCAGCGGUAUCUAACAACCCUCGAGAUGCUUGGUGAAAAGAGCGAGCAGGUUGAGGAGCUUCAAGCAGACAUUGCUGAUCUGAAGAAGAUUUACCGUGAGCUGGUUGACAGCACGAUGAAAUGA